AUGGCUGCUUUCAAUGAUACACUUGGUCCAGACUGCAAAAAUCUCUUCCAUAAUCCAUAUGCUUGCAUGGGAAGCACUACUGAUCAAGCUCCAGAUGGGCCUUUCUCAACAGCAUAGUGGUCAGUAUUUGUGCUCCCAGAUCACAUUGGCGCAAUGGCUACUUUGGUUAUGUAGCACAGAAAGAGUCAUAGUAUGCUUAUCCAUCCAAAUUCUGGCUGUGAAAUUGAAGAUCACUCAAACUGGACUCUCUGGGGAGGGCAACUAUGGUCACUUGAUCGCACAACUCUUCACAAAGAUAAGUCAUUCCCAUGGGAUAAUGCCAAGGAUUUAAUCUUGUUUGGAGCUGCUUUAGCCCAUCCAACUUACUACAAAGUAGAUAGAAAUACUACCUGCAUCUCACCAACACCAGCUCAAAUCUACUCUUAUCACAUUCACUUGCUUUAUUUCCAGAACAACAAAGAGAAUACUGUUGGUGCUUUUUAAAUCAGAGAUCAAUUCGCUGCAGCUUUCAAUCAAACACUUGGCCCAGAUUGCCAUGAUCUUUUCCACAAUGAUAACUCAUGUAUCCUUGAUGAUGACAAGGGACCAGCUGGACCUUUCCCCACUGCUCAAUGGUCAGUCUUUGUUCUCCCCGAGCAUAUUGGCUCAAUGUCAACCUGGAUGAUGCAACACAGAUAAGACUACAGUAUCCUUGUCCAUACUAACUCUGGCUGUGAAAUCGAAGAUCACUCGAAUUGGACUCUCUGGGGUGGUGAACCAUGGACACUUGAUUUAACUAUUUUCUCUCAUGACAAACCAUUCCCAUGGAGAUAAGUCAAGGAAACCAGAAACGGAUUCCUUCUUGAAUGA